GUGACGUUGCCGCCCGGGGCUCCGGCGUUUGUUACCCCGUUCGGCUGUUUGCGGCUCCUGCGAGAAGACUGUGGCCGGGUCUGCGGAAACCGCACCUAUGGCUUCCGUGCUGUCCUACGAAAGCCUGGUCCACGCUGUGGCGGGAGCCGUGGGAAGCAUGACAGCAAUGACAGUAUUUUUUCCCUUGGAUACAGCUCGUCUUCGACUUCAAGUUGAUGAGAAAAGAAAGUCCAAAACGACACACAUGGUGCUCCUGGAGAUCAUUAAAGAAGAAGGCCUCCUGGCACCAUAUCGAGGGUGGUUUCCAGUUAUCUCCAGUCUCUGCUGCUCCAAUUUUGUCUAUUUCUACACUUUUAAUAGCCUCAAAGCAGUCUGGGUCAAAGGUCAACAUUCUACUACUGGAAAAGAUCUGGUAGUUGGAUUUGUUGCAGGAGUGGUGAAUGUGCUGCUAACAACUCCACUCUGGGUAGUAAACACCAGACUGAAGCUGCAAGGGGCAAAAUUUAGGAAUGAAGACAUUGUACCAACCAACUACAAUGGUAUUAUUGAUGCUUUUCACCAGAUCAUUCGCGAUGAAGGAAUCCUGGCUUUAUGGAAUGGCACAUUUCCCUCCUUGCUGUUGGUCUUCAAUCCUGCCAUCCAGUUCAUGUUCUAUGAAGGUUUAAAACGGCAGCUUUUAAAGAAACGAAUGAAGCUUUCUUCUUUGGACGUGUUCAUCAUUGGUGCAAUAGCCAAAGCAAUUGCCACCACGGUCACCUAUCCUCUGCAGACAGUACAGUCAAUUCUGAGGUUUGGACAUCACAGACUGAACCCAGAAAACAGAACACUGGGGAGUCUUCGGAACAUUCUCUAUCUUCUUCACCAACGAGUAAGGCGUUUUGGAAUAAUGGGACUCUACAAAGGCCUUGAAGCCAAACUGCUGCAGACAGUCCUCACUGCCGCUCUCAUGUUCCUCGUUUAUGAGAAACUGACGGCUGCUACCUUCACGGUCAUGGGGCUGAAGAGCGCACGCAAGCGCUGAGGCACCUUCCACCGCCAGGCACUCAGAGAUGCUCAAGACAGGGGAUCCUUCUCUGUGAAGAGAAGCGGUUCCCCUUUUACUUGCGCCUUCCACUGAGAAUUUUACCCUCAUUGGCUUGAAAUGCAUCUAAGUUUACACAUGGAGUAUAGCCAGCUUGACCUGUUACCAACUUAGUUUUUGUGAUGGUUGGUUGAAUUUUGUGGGGGAGGUUGGGCCAAUGGCCAUAUGAAAAGAGAACAUUAUUGAAAACCUAAAACUGAAAGUUUAUGGGGGUUUAUUGGUUUUUUUGAGGGGAAUAGACUCUUGCUCUCAUGUAUAAUCUUUUCCAGGUAAAGUCUUUUUUAGAUUUACCAGAUGGUCCCUUUCCCUUGAACCCUCCCCCAGGUCCUAGGGCAAAUUUGCUACCAUGUAAUUCUCCUCAUAUACUCUUGUAUGUCUUCAUCUUGGUAUUUUCUUCACUAAAAAUGUUAUGACUAUGCCAUAAGCAUGACUUUAUUUUUCUUGGCAUUUUUUUCCUCCUGCUUAAGGAAAGGUAUCUUCUUUAGUGUGUGAGCUAUUUAUUUUGUGGGGGAAAU